UAUAUCAGCAGUUUUUUGAAAAAAAAAACAAACUGUUUACUGACAAUUCGUGACAAGAGAGGCUUGUAUUGUUUUGCCGAGUUUGAACUAAAAAAGUAUAAAAGAUCGCCAUGUCCCAAGUGAUGGACAUCGAUGGAAGCAUUCAUGAAGGAGGUGGCCAAAUUCUAAGGAUGGCUCUAUGCUUUAGUGUUUUGUGUAAGAAGCCGGUUCGAAUAUAUAACAUUCGCGGUGGAAGGAAAAAACCCGGACUGAUGGCACAGCAUACGAAAAGCAUUGAACUGUUAAGAGACAUUAGUAAUGCCCGUGUAACCGGAUUGGAACUAGGAUCAAUGGAAAUUUUAUUCCACCCGGGAGAUAUUGGCCGGGGAAAAUUCAUAGCUCAUGUGCAAACAGCUGGAAGCGUCAGUUUACUAUUGCAAGCUGUGCUUCCGGUAGCUAUUUUCGGAUCCGGAACAGUAACGUUAGACCUUAAGGGUGGCACGAAUGUCGAUAUGGCUCCACAGGUUGAUUUUAUGACGGAAAUAUUUCGGCCGAAUAUGGAAAAGUUUGGGGCCACCUUCGACUUCGAUCUGCAUCGAAGGGGAUACUUUCCGAAAGGAGGUGGCCAUUGCAUUGUUAAUAUUAAACCGGUGAGGUCACUAAGACCGGUCACGUUGGUUGAUUUCGGUACCGUUAACCGUUGCUUUGGCUGGAGCUUUGUGUCGGGUGCUGUUCCGAUUAGGGUGGCCAAGGAUAUGGCAGAUGGAGCAAAAAAUGUACUUAGACGAAUCUAUCCGGACGGAAUGGAAAUUGACGAGUACAAAGAAAGCGUGGAUAUGGCGACGGAUAACUGCUCGGGAAUUAUAUUGGGUAUCGAAACAACUACUGGUGCGGUACUAGGCGGUGCCACCUUGGGUAAUCGACAAAAGCAAUCCUUCCGUACUGGCGAAGAAGCUGCUACAGAGAUCAAGUCUGCGUUCGAGGUACGGGCGUGUGUGGAUCGUCACGUGCAGGAUAUGUUGGUAGUGUUAAUGGCUUUGGGUGAUGGUAGAAGUGAGCUUAGGACAGAACCACUGACGCUGCAUACUCGAACGGCAAUAUACAUUGCGGAAUUAAUGUCCAAGGCUAAGUUUACUGUGAACGAACAAAGCGAUGGGAGCUUCAUUAUAGAAUGUGAAGGUAUUGGAAUCACGAAUCAAUACGAUCCGAAAUAAUGUGUCGCCGACUUGUCAGAGGUAAGUCUAUUCAAAUUUUUCGGAUAAACCAUCACUUGUAAGGUAAUUGAUAGAGGAUUGCCAAAAAGAA